UAAGGAGGGUCCUGAUUGAGCUCGCAGGCGAAGGGGAUUGUGGGCGCUUCCUUCCUUCCUUCCUUCUCUCUUUGCUCUCUGCUCUGACGGCGGCAACAUGGGUAAGUGCCGUGGUCUUCGUACAGCUAGAAAGCUCCGCAGCCACAGAAGAGAUCAGAAGUGGCAUGACAAGCAAUACAAGAAAGCUCAUUUGGGCACUGCCCUGAAGGCUAAUCCUUUUGGUGGGGCAUCCCAUGCAAAAGGGAUUGUCUUAGAAAAAGUUGGUGUGGAAGCCAAGCAGCCCAAUUCUGCCAUCAGGAAGUGUGUGAGAGUCCAGCUGAUUAAGAAUGGCAAAAAAAUCACUGCCUUUGUUCCUAAUGAUGGCUGCUUGAAUUUUAUUGAGGAAAACGAUGAAGUCUUGGUUGCUGGAUUUGGUCGAAAAGGUCAUGCUGUUGGUGACAUUCCCGGAGUCCGCUUCAAGGUUGUAAAAGUUGCCAAUGUUUCCCUUCUGGCCUUAUACAAAGGCAAGAAGGAAAGACCAAGAUCAUAAAAAUUGUAUGAUGUCUUUGUCAUAGUAAAAAACAUUUUCAUGUAA